CCCCUCCCCGGCUCCUCCGUAACGGCGAAAUCCCAUUCCCACUCUCUACUCCUCCGGGCAGAAAAAUUCUCCCCCAAUUUCCAUCUCGAUUCCCACCAAACCGACCGAGCUCCCGUCCACCGCGUGUCCCUCCCUCCCUCCGCGUGCUCCUGUCCUCCCCAGCCCACCCAACCACCGAGGCCGAGGGCGAGCGCGAGAUCCAGAUCCCGGUCCGGAUCCACCGCCGCCGGCCAUGAACCCGACGCGGUCCACGCAGGCGUCGUUCCGUGACCGCACCAACGAGUUCCGCGCCGCCAUCGAGAGCGCGCGCCGCCACACCACCCCGUCCCCCGCCGCCGCGGCCUCGGCCAACGGCAGCGCCGGCGCCGGGCCCCUCGAUGGUUCGAUCGUGGCCACGUCGGCGCGCUCGGAGUUCAACAACCGCGCGUCCAAGAUCGGGCUCGGGAUCCACCAGACCUCCCAGAAGCUCGCGCGCCUCGCCAAAUUGGCAAAGAGGACAUCUGUUUUUGAUGACCCUACCAUGGAGAUACAAGAGCUGACUGCAGUUAUCAAGAAGGAUAUCACUGCUCUGAAUUCUGCUGUUGUGGACCUACAAGUUCUCUGCAAUUCACAAAAUGAGAGUGGGAAUCUUUCCAAGGACACUACAAAUCAUUCCACUACAGUAGUGGACAACCUAAAAAAUCGUCUGAUGAGUGCAACAAAAGAGUUUAAGGAAGUUCUUACCAUGCGGACAGAGAAUUUGAAGGUUCAUGAAAAUAGAAGGCAAAUGUUCUCCUCGUCAGCUGCAAAGGAUGCAUCAAAUCCAUUCAUUCGUCAGCGUCCCCUUGUUGCUAGGGACACAUCUGAGUCAUCUGUGACACCAGCACCAUGGGCCAGCGACUCUGCAUCUACCCCAUUGUUUCAGAGGAAGAAGACUAAUGGAGACCAUGGAGCAUCAUCAUCAUCCCAGCCUUUCAUGCAGCAGCAGCAAUUGGCAGUACAGCAAGACACUUACAUGCAGAGCAGAGCUGAAGCUCUUCAAAAUGUUGAAUCAACUAUCCAUGAGCUGAGCAACAUCUUUACACAGUUGGCAACCAUGGUUUCUCAACAAGGAGAGCUAGCAAUCAGAAUUGAUGAGAACAUGGAUGACACACUGGUCAACGUAGAGGGAGCUCAGGGCCAACUACUGAAGUAUCUUAACAGCAUUUCAUCGAAUAGGUGGCUGAUGAUGAAGAUAUUCUUUGUGCUGAUGGUGUUCCUCAUGAUCUUCAUAUUCUUCGUCGCAUGAUUCCUUUUGUAUCAUCUCGCCCCACACGAGCUGUGUAGUUGACUGCUAUGCGUAGUAUUCUUUUAUUUCUACUCAUACUACACCAUGUACACAAUUUUCACCCAGAUGAUAAGCAACCGUUCAUCAGCCUUUGUGGUAAUGUAAAUUGUGAGAAGCUCCAGUACUGGUAUAUUACUUUCGAGUGGUGAUAUUUCUGGAAUAUGUUUGAUGUACCA